AUGAUGAGAAACGCUCUGUUUUCGACCUUUGUUGGUCUUGUCGCCGCCCAGUCUUCUACAACUGUUUCUGUUCCUACUGGUACACCUAUCACCGGUGAUUACAAUGGCACCUACCGUCCUCAAGUCCACUUCUCUCCACCUUCACAUUUCAUGAACGACCCCAAUGGCAUGUUCCGUGAUGCCGAUGGUCUGUGGCAUUUGUACUACCAGUACAACCCUACCCAGCUCGUCGCAGGAAACCAGCACUGGGGUCACGCAACAUCCAAGGAUCUCUACCACUGGGUGAACCAGCCCAUUGCCAUCUUUCCUCCCGACAACGAGACUUUUGUAUUUUCGGGAAGUGCAGUCGUUGAUGUUAACAACACUUCUGGCUUCUUUCCUGAUCAGGACAAUGGCGUUGUUGCCAUCUACACACUAGCUUCGUCAACGGUGCAGGACCAGGCCAUUGCGUACUCUCGUGAUGGAGGAUACACUUUUAAACCUUAUGAGGGUAACCCUGUUAUCGGCAGCACGUCCAACCAGUUCCGUGAUCCCAAGGUCAUUCGAUACAAUGAUUCGUGGAUCAUGGUUGUUGCUUACCCUCAAGACUUUGAGAUUGGUAUCUUUGAGUCGUCUGAUCUCAAGGAGUGGACUGCUACCAGCAACUUCUCCCACCAUGGCUUGCUCGGUCUGCAGUACGAGUGCCCCAACAUGAUUCGCAUGCCUUACCUUGAUGAGGACGGCGAAAAGCAGGAUGACUUGUGGCUCAUGGCCAUCAGCAUCAACCCAGGUGCUCCUCUCGGUGGUUCAAUCAUGGAGUACUUCCCCGGCCACUUCAACGGUACCCACUUCGAGGCCAUCGACGGUGCUGCCCGUAUCGCCGAUUUCGGAAAGGACAACUACGCGGGACAGUGGUUUUACGGUCUUUCUGAAGAUGAGAACCCCGUGUCUAUCGCUUGGGCGUCGAACUGGCAGUACACCCAGGUUGUUCCCUCUGGCAGCGAAGGCUGGAGGGGUGCUAUGAGUCUUCCCCGUGAGAAUUACCUCACCAAGGCGAAGCGUGUGGGUUGGAAGAUGGUGUCCGUGCCUUAUGAUCUCAGCCCCGUUAUGGGUCGCGAGCUUGCUUCCAAUGAUAGCUUUGGCAACUCCACGCUCACUGUUGACUACUCUGAUGUUGAGUCCAACGCCAUCUACUGGGAAGUCAAUAUCACCGGCAUCCCGGAUAGCGGCGUGCUAUCUACCGCAUCGCUUAACAUGACAUUCCUGAGCACCGUCACCGAUGAAUCUCUCAGGGCUGGAUACUACCUCGGCGGAGACCCCGUCUUCUUCUUCGACCGCGGCAACACCCGUGCUUUCGACAACAUUUUCUUCACCGACAAGAUGUCCACUGGAAGUCUCUCCCGAGAGGAUGGCUCAUGGAGCAUGAGCGGUGUGAUUGAUCGAUCUAUCUUUGAAGCUUUCAUCGAUGGUGGUGUUGACAGUAUCACCAACACCUUUUUCGCUACUCAGCCUUUGACUAUGAUGAUUCUCAGCGCUAAUGAUUUGCCUGAGGAUGUCAAUGUUAGUGUCAAGGUUCACGCUCUGGAGAGCGCUUGGAGAGAGGAGCAGAGUGAUGAUGGACUUGUGCGUGGAAACACCACUUCGACCAGCUCGGACUAA